AUGCGACCAAUGUGCAAUUUGCCUCCAAGCGAUUAUUUCUGCGCAUCUGUUAUUCAUAAUGCAUUCAUUAUUCAUAAGUUUAAGGCAAAAGAAGUAAUGGAACUGAGCAUGUGGAAGCCGAAGAAGAAGCAUUUCCGUGAAACGGAUGAAUGGCGUCGAAAAAAAUCGCGAAUCAUCAGCAAGAUGAGGGCAUUGUCGAGAAUCAAUCUGCUCCUGGUGCUUUCAAAAAUGCAGACAAUCGAUAAACUUCCCGACAAAGUCCUACAGCAGAUCUUCUCCUAUCUGACGCCAUAUCAAAUCCUACAGUCAGGCCAAGUAUGCAAGAGAUGGCGAAGUGUCGCAUGCAGUCCAUUACUGUGGAAAUUUGUGUCUUUCAGACCAAAUUACGGUGGCCUUCAGGUACUGAAUCAUGACUACUUCUUGCAACUUAUCGGCACACAAUUUUCUGAACUACGAAUCGUCGAACUUACAACCGAUCUGAUCACACCGAACGUCCUUUACGAGAUGGCCAACAAAUGUCCGCGGCUUCAACAUCUUACGCUGGACUUCUCAACGGCGAUGCAACUUCACGACUUCACCGAUUUGCAGUCGUUUCCGUCUCGGUUGCGGAGUUUAACGCUCUGCUUAUCGGAAAACAUCUUUCUCGAAGGGUUCCUGAGAAAAGUCUACACUUUCAUUUCAUCAGUGGAACUCCUACAUAUUAUCGGUGAGUAUAAGGUUUAUCAUGAUUUCCAAGAUCUAGGAAUUCUCGUAGGACUUCCAGGGUAA